AUGGUUAGUAUCGUUGGCGGCGGUAUCGCUGGACCCACCAUCGCUGCCCGUCUGACGGAAAGCUCUAACACCACAGUUCUGGUUCUAGAAGCCGGGGCUGAUCACACAUCCGACCUGAACGUUCUUGCACCGAGUCUGUCCCCAGCCAUGUACGGCAACCCAGAGUACGACCGGGACUGGGACUACAAGACCGUUGCUCAGCUCGGGGGCUCCAGCGCCAUGAACUUGAUGUUCUGGACGCACCCCUCCAGGCAAGACAUCGACAGCUGGGGCGAGCUCGGGAACGCGGGCUGGUCCUGGGAGGAGCUGGCCCCGUACUUGCGAAAUUUAGAGGCCUUCGUCGCCCCGUCCGAGCAGCAGACGGCUGAUAUGCUUCUCGACUACGUCGACCAAGACUCCCACGGCACCGGUGGGCCCAUCGUCAACGAUUUCCCACAGCUUCAGAGCCCUCUGCUGCGGACCUGGCCCAGGACGCUUGAGAAUCUUGGCCUGGCUGUCAGAAGUGACCCUCGAGAUGUCAAGGCUUUGGGCGGAUACGUCAACCUGCUCAAUAUCGACGGCGCAACGCGUAGCUUCGCUGCCAAUGCGUACCUUGGCCCCGCUCGAUGCCCCAACACUUGA